GUGAAGCUAGGCUUUCUUCCAGUGUCUUGCUUCUUCUCUUCUUCUUCCACGUUAUAGGCACCACCACCACUUCCACCACCGCAUCCUCCACUCCUCCAUCUGCCACGUCCACGACCUUGGCCUCUGCCCCGGCUUGGAGUAUUGUUCUUUGGACAAUCUGAAGAGAUGUGCCAAAUGCUAGUGCACUUGAAGCAUCUGAGAGGAUUCUUGCAGUGUUUCUUCAUGUGGCCACACUCGCCACAAUUGAAGCAUUUUCCCGCUCCAAUAAAUAUGCUCAGACUCUUGUCUUCUGCAUCAUCUUCUCCUCUUACAUCCAACUUGUGGAGAUUUCUCAUCAAGGGAAAGGUUCGCCUGCAUUUGCAGUGCCUCUACAGCAUGGGAAUGCUCUCGUCUGAAAACUUUCAAGAUUGUGAUGAGCAAGUCAUCAUCACUCAAGGAUUGCUCCAAAGCAUCAAGCUGGGAUAUGAGAUCUUCCAGCCUUGUCAACAGCUCACUGAUUUGUUCGCCAAGCCUCAUCUUGAAGUUAUGCAGCUUCUCCAGCAGGUGCAUUUUGUUGGCUGUCAGCUUCUCUUGGUGGUAAUUGCUGAGCACAUACCACAUCUCUUUCGCCGUCUUCUUCCUUUGGACAAUGCGAAGCUAAAAAUCAUCCAGAAUCAUCAUCAGCAUGUCUCUGAUUUGGAGGCCCUUUUCGAGCUCAAUGUCAGACUACUACGGGGAGAGCCGGACUCUUCAUUCUUGAUCAAGUCAUUGAAGAUUGUGUAUCAGAGCAGGAGGAAGUGCCCUUUUGUGAACCGGUGAUUGCUGCGGUCAUAGUUGUUGAGCACGGUGGUGAUUUGAAGGAACUUGUCACGAAGAGGUGAAUGUGGAGCGAACCUUCACUCGAGAGGAGACUACAUUGUAUGGACCCGCCGAUUCCCUACAAAAUGACAACGCAUAAUUUAUAUUCUAAUGAUUAAUCCUAAUUGAGGGAAUUGAAUCCACCUUCAAGUUCUGGUCAUCCAUGUCUACCUCCCCGAUUCCUACUCUGUCAAUGGCAAUACCGGUGAAAUGGGAUGGAUUUAUAAUUACAAAGUCCGGAAUAUUCAUAACUGUAAUUUUCAUUCCAGACAAUUGAGUUCGAAGUGCAAUUUCAUGGUUUCAUUGCUUCGCUGUCAUGAAAAGUAUGGACUUUGUGUACUAUUCGAAGCGGAUUGCAAUGAACUAGGAAAUUGAGUUUAAAUUGGGUCACCACAGAAGAUUUGAAAGUGGAGACUCGUGAUGGAUAAUAUUGAGAUUUGGAUAUGUUCUGGCACUUCGUUGUGCCCUAUGGGUCGUUAUUUAGCUGUUGAAUUGUAUCCUCCAUGUGGGAAGCGAAGAGUUCUAGAGGUCCGAAUUAAAACACCUAGGUUGCAUUUCUAUUUUUUCUAGCCCGGGAAAUACCGAAUGUGUCCGAGUUAUGUCGCUUGUGAUAUUUAGCAUAAUCACUCGUGCAGCUGGACGGAGAGGAAUGCGGAUUUUGUCUUUUCAUGAAGUCUGGUCCUUGCGGAAAGCGGUUUCAGGCUUGAGAGACUUGUGUUGACGAUGCACAGACUGCAGACGUGAACAUUGCAGUGAACACGCGCACAGAAGACACAUUAUUUAAAAGAUUGUAUGGUGGCCCACUCUGCGUUUUACGGACCUGUUCUUCAAGCACAGAAGGCUUUAUUUCAGCAAAAUUCAACGGAUGUAUCCUUUCGUCGAGGAUAAUCUAAGAAACCUCGGAGCAAUUCCUGCCUAAACAAUUUUUUCAGGGCUGGCGGAGGUGUCUGCUCUUUCAGAAUUACUUUCGUUCUGUGACUGUGAUUUCUCUGCUUAAAAACCAGUUUUGAUAAUAAGGAGCUUUUGCGGAGGGUAUAUCUGCGCCAAACAUUUAUGUAGAAGAGAUUUCUCAUUCGGGUUGUAUGUUAGGAUCUUCAAUUCUUAACACCCAAAGACAUUCCUUGGGUGGUGCUGGUCAUUCCGAUUCUACACUUUCUUCCGUGUUCUUGAAUCUGUAAGGUCCUUGCAAUUACGAAAUUGUAUCGAAAAUCUCGGUGAGGUUACAUUUUUUCUUGA